UAAACGUAUUUCUCAGUUUCUCAGUGAAUUAACCUAUAAUUUUGAUUUGUGAUUACUUUGUAAUUUAAUAAAAUAUGAGCAAAAGUAAAGAAGAUUCUACGAUGGAAAUUCUGCAAGAUGAAGGAUGGCAAAUAACUGCAGAAGGAUUGGUAUGUGUCAGUGAGAAUGUAAAAUCUACGAAGGAUAUCAUACAGAAUGCAAUAAACACGGACUUGAAAGAUAUUGGCAAAUCAGUCCUCUCACCACUUCUAGGGCAAAAGCAAAUUCCUAAGCUGGUUGUUCAAAUUCAAAAACUCAGGAAUGUUUCUGCUCCAAAAGCAAAUGAAGAUUCUCAGGCUGCGCCUAGAAUGCUUAAACUGAUUUUGACUGAUGGCCAUAGCCACUGUCAGGCAAUUGAAACUGAGCAAAUAUCUCAAUUAAGUUUAAACAAAACAGCACCAGGAACCAAGCUUUUAUUGAAAAAUGCUAAAAUUAGUUCUGGGUAUAUUUUAUUAACACCCCAGAAUUGUUCAGUGUUAGGUGGAAGAGUAGAAGCAUUAUAUGAAAAAUGGGAAGUAAACAAAAAUAUUUCAAAUCAUAAUCGUGGAAAUACUGGUGGUGAUGGUGAAGGACCUCCACCAUGGGUUAAUUUUGGCAAGAAACUUAUGGUCUCAAAUGAUAAAAACUUCAAAUCAUUGGUUAAUGAUAAGGAUGGUCCCAAAAAUGAAUCAAGUGAAUUUGAAUCCCAGAGGCAAGAUGCAAUUGCUGAAGCCACAAGUGGUGCUGUGAAGAAGGUAUUUGGUGGUGGUACCAAACCCAUAAAAGUUAUUAGAAAUUUACAAGAGAAUAGUCAAAGAGAUCGGAAGGUUGGCGGAAGGCGUGGCAGAAAAGAACUACUUGAAGAUGAGAAGCAAAUGCAGAAACCAUCAGAGAAUGUUUCUCUAUUCGACUUUUUGGAAAAUAAAUUGUCCAUUGACACUAAUGAUUAUAAUACAUAUGAUAACAGAAAAAAACCUGAAUUAACUAAUAACGCUAAUGUAUAUAACUAUGAGGCUAAAAAUGGGUUUGAAAAUAAAAAUGCUUACUACGAUAAUAAAAGUAGCAUUGGAUUUAAAAAGAAUUAUGACCCUCGAGGAGUUUAUAAUAAAAACAAAUAUGAUAAUAGAGGAGGAGCACCGGUUAAAAAUAAUUUCGGUAAUGCUAUUAAAAGUAACUCUGAUAUGAGAAACGGUUAUGGGAAUAAAAAUAGCAAUGAUGUGAAAGGAGUUUACGGGAAUAAAUUUGAUAACAAGAACACUUAUAAGAAUAGGAAUGCCGAUUUAAAGAUUAAUAAUGAAAACAAACCAGUUAUUUCUAAUAUGCCAGAAGAUACUAAGAUUGAGCAUGACGUUGUUAAAUCAAAUACAAAUAUGACUAAAUUGACUCAGAAUAUGGCAAAGAUGAAUGUCGACGUGAACGGAACAUUUGCUGCAAAAGCUUUCCGCCAACACUUGAACCUGGGACGUAACAAUCCACCAGAAUCAAAUAAAUGGCAAUUUAAAAUUGGGGAUCAAUGUAUGGCUAAAUAUUGGGAGGACAACAAAUACUAUAAUGCAACUGUAACAGGACUCACCCAGAAAACAUGUGUUGUUCAGUUUAAUGAUUAUGGAAAUAUGGAAGAAGUGUUACAUGCAGAUUGUAUACCAAUAACAGAUGUAGAGCAGGAUCAAACGCAUCUCAACCAGAAUAAACAUAAAUAUUCAAGGAGGGAAUUCUCAGGUUCAUAUAAAAAUAAAUUCUAGCAAUUAUGCGAUUUAUAUUGUUUUCUACUAGGUUCAUAUGAGAAUCGUUUAAAUCUCACCCACAAAUAAUAAACAAAUAUUGUUCAAAAUAAUUUAUUAAAAAAAUUUAACAAAU